GAUCCCAAGCUACGAACAAGCUUCAAAACCAUUGCCUGGGCUACCUGUGCUGUGACACAACAAAUCACAGGUAGUCCAAAUUUUUUGGUGAGCGUAACAUGACCGUGGAAGCUGUAACUUGCCACGAAAAAGUUUCAAGAAAGUUGUAAAAAAAGCUGUUUUUACAUCAGUCAGUAAGUACAAUUUACAAAGUCUAUAAUGCCAGUUGUAACUCAGUCUUCUUAACCGAAAAUGAUCCCUGUCGUUGGUACAUUCGCCAAGCGAUCUGUGCAACGUGUGCAGAAUAUCGUGUAUGCGAAGGCAGGCAGGAGGAAAGGAAACGCUGUUAUCGCAUUUACUCUGAUCUCCGUCGCAUAUCUUGGUUAUAUCUUCUUCAUCAAAGAUUAUCCAUACAUUGAUAUCACCCCUGUCAACAAGAAUGACGUCACAACAUACUGCAACUACCCACUAGAUCAGACUGGCAACGAAGGGAAACUCCCUCAAAACGGCGACAGCAAGUUUAGCCUAGAGAUGGUGCAACUUAUGAUCCGACAUGGUGAUCGCUCAACAGCUAAGGAAAUCCCAGGCAUGGAAAAACGGGACAUGGAUUGCUCAGCGAAUCCCAAGCAUGGACCUGCCAAGAAAAUAUUUGAGGGCUAUCGUAAAGUGGUUGAGCGUUUUGUGGUGAGGAAGAUGAAUGCUGAUGAUGAUGAAACAGACCAUGAUUUAGUAUCUUAUUCUGAUAUUUGUCUGAAGCAAGGGCAACUCACCACGAAGGGGUAUGAGCAGCAUUUUGAUCUUGGAAAACUUCUGCGAGGGGCAUACAGUGAUUUGCAUGUCAAGGGCAUAACCAAAGACCAGGUCUACAUACGCUCAACCAGCAGGGAUCGCACAACACAGAGCGCAGCAGCAUUUAUUUAUGGAUUCCUAGAUCUUGAUACAAUCCAAAAAGGCAUUACUGUGAAUAUAUCUAAAGAUACUUGGUUCCGUGAACUUGAUAGUGGCCUCCUACAGCGAUGUCAGGCGGCCAUCAGUCUAAAAAAGGAGACCAUAGAGGAGUCGGUGUACAGGUCAGGCCAAGCAGCCAUGAAGCCUCUGAUCAGAGAGAUAGCCGACAUGCUCUUCCAGCCAAGCCAUGCUCUUCCACCAGUACAAUAUAUUACAGAUUACGUCUACGUGUUUUCCUGUCAAGGCUUCGAGCUACCUUGUGGGGGCAAUGGUUGCAUUACAAAGGGCAUGGCCUUGAAACUCAUGGCUUACGCUAACUGGGCCUUCAUCCACAACUACACCAAGAUAGCUAGAGUUGUCACCCACCAGGUAUUCUCACAGAUGGCCACCAGGAUGGUGAAGUCAGUGCAAAGGCAGACACCCAUCAAAUUUGCACUCUACUCUGGACAUGAUAGCAGUAUCACGCCUGCUCUGAUUGCUCUUGGGAUCUUUAAUGGGAAAUGGAUCCCUUACGCUUCAAGGCUGGUUUUUGAACUUUGGAGAGAUAAAACAGUUGACAGUGAUAAAACCAGUUUAAAGGGAUGGUAUGUGAGAGUUUUGUUUAAUGGGGAAGCUGUUACAGAAAGGGCUUCAUUUUGCAAGGGUGAGGUGUUUGGGUCAUAUGAGUUGUGUCCUCUGGAAGUUUUUGUAAACUGGCUUUCUGAAGACGGGACAAUUGAUGGGAUGACAAGGCGUUAUGGAAAAAUGUGUGCAUAAGGAAGGGAAUUUUAAUUAAAUUUUGUGCGGUUGGAAGGCUGUUUAUAGUGGUAGCAAUGCUCACUUUUUAUUUAUUAUUAUUAUUAUUUAUAACAUUAUUUACAAAAACCACUUUUUUCUAAAACAAACACCAUUAUUUAUAAAGCCACUAUUUUCUGAAAGAAACAAGCAGUGUGCAGUUGUGGUGUACUGACUAUGGAAAUAUUCACAAUUAAAAGAAUUCUGGUACACUUGAUUUGACUUUAUAAUUUCUGUCAAGGAUCCUCCUACAAACAAAGAGGAAAAAGCAUAUUAAACAUUGGUAUGUUAAUAAAAAUUGUAUGCAAA